UUUUUUUUUAGACACAUGACUUUGAUUGAUCAAAGUUUGAUAGAAUGCUAUUCUGGGAAACACAGAGUGGGUAACAUAAGGUUAUGCCUUUUUAGAUCAGUUUGUCUGGUUAAGAUCUCGCACACACAAGGUCAAGCUCAUAGGGGUGAGGUCAUGUAUGGAGCGGCGCCACAGGAGGAGGUGGGAGGAUAUGGUUUGGAUCGCGAGCGUUGUGAGGAAGAAUUGUCGCAGAAGACGCACAUCCACCAUGGUGGAUACUAUGGCCCAUGGGGACGCCCUGGCAGUUCCCUCUCCUCACCUUCGGCCUCCAGAGUCACCUCUCCCAUCCGGACAGGCAUCCCAUCAACACCUACAACACCUGUCAUCACCAGCAGCACAGCUGUCACUCCACUGUUACCCCACACGAAUGCCACCCACCAUGUGUUUGGUCCCCUACAGACCAGUGGCUACCUGCUGUACAGCUAUGGACCAGGAAUGGUAGCAGGACCAGGCCCAGUCUACACCUCGCCCAAUACAACUACCAUUGCAACCAGCCCUGUUUUUUUCCAGCCGCCAGUCAAUAGUCCAGCUGGCUAUGGGUGGCAUCCCUCUGUCUCUAAUGGUUUCCGAGGGGCAGCUGGUCCGCCUUCAAGACACCUGGUAGGAGGUGGAAGUGGCAGUGGGCCAGACACCCCGUACUCCUCUCGUGAAGCAUCCAAGUCACGUUCCAGCACACCUGUUUUACCUAACUCUGCGCCAGUUGUGCCUAAUUCAUAUGAUCCAUUCAGUGCAUAUGAAAAUCACCCAGUCCUGCCAGAGCGACGCAGAAGUGCAGAAACCCAGUUCGAUGGGAGAAGAGGACUCUUUUAUAAUGUACAUAAUCUUGAACAACAUUUUGAAAGACUAAAUGAUAGUGCACAUCAUUCCCCAACUCCCCCACUCAACAAUACCAUUGACUCACUUUCUACCCCCAUUACAACAACCACAACGACGAUCACCACCACCACAAGCAACUGCGUAGACCCCAGCAGCAGCAACAGCAGCAGUGUCAGUCGACCCCCCCCAGGACCCAGCUCUGGUUCCAGCCUUGGGGGCAGUGGAACAGGGACCCCCCAGACCCCUCACACACCCCACACCCCACACACAUCCCAAACCCCAGGGGUUUUCAUCCCUCCAACUAGACCUGCUGCGCCUCUGCCUCUACCGACAUCAGUACCCAAUCAUGGCUACCGCGUAGGCCAGGGAGUGCCAGGAGAUACAGUAGAUGAGGUGGGCCCUAAGUGGGCAUGUACCAAGUGCACCUUCAUCAACCACCCUGACAUGAACAAGUGCGAGAUGUGCGACUACCCACGCUUCACCAUAGGUACGGCCCCUUCCAACCAUGCAGCUCACCCCCCCAACCACCAGGGCCCUUGCUACUGUCACCGUCACCAUACUCCAGGUGCUGUUGCGGGUUCCAUAGGGGCAGCUGCGGCUUACUCACCUGAUCGCCCUUACUCAUCACUCCCACUUGCUGCUGACAAACCGAGUCUUGCUAAUAUCCUCAAGGAAAAGCUUAUAGGGCUGCGGGACCGCUCUGAUAGUGUGUGAGAGGGACAGAGCCUGAGCUUUUGCUCUGUGCAUAUGCCAUCAAAGUUUGUUUUACCUUGUAUUCAUUCUUGUGUGUCCCACCCAGCCUGUAAAGAGUACUGUAUGCUUCAUGUAUUUGACAACAAAGUAAAUGAUAUGCAUUUUGGCAUGAUUUAUUUUGAUUAUUAAGUCCUAAUGGAAGUGUAACUAUUAUCAAGGAACAUACAGUAUUUGAUGAAUGCUUGGAAUUGAUUUUAUCUCAUACGUUAAAAUGAUGUGCAGAAUGGUUAAUGUAUAAAUGUUAUGUGCAUUAGUAUAUUCUAUAAUCUAGACUUGUGGAUGACUAACAAAAUUGCUAACUUUUUUAUGAAUUCAGGAUGUCAGUUGAAUGCAUUUUCAGUUUCACAUAUAAGCAAGUCAUUUUGAAAAUUCAGAAGUUUUCUUGGAGAGAGGAGACAGUCGGGUAUAAUAAUUAUACUGUUCCUCAUUUCAAGAAUUUACACUCUUUUGUAUUAUUCUGCUUUUUAAAAUGUUGUCCUGCAGACUUUAUCUUUGAUAAGCAUAAUGAUUGUUAUCAUGUUCACUUGUUUUAGUAACAUAAUUUGCACUAGAAUUGCAUAUUGCAAGUUCUCAUCAUAUUAUUAUUGGAAUUAAAUGCUGUAUUUUACAUGUAUUGAUCAGGGAGACAAGUUCUACUUGAGUUCUGAAGGAAGCUUAGUACAAUUUUCAGGCAAUAAGCACAUGCAACUAUUUUUAAAAGUAUUAUGUAAGAGUUUAAGAUAUUUAAUUGAUAAAGAAAACUCUUUAUUUUCGUUUCACUGUAGCAAUAUCAGAUUCUGAUAUAUGUUGAUAUAUUGUUGACUGUGGAAGAGUUCCUUGCAGUAUUUUAUAUAAUUUUGUUGAUGAGUAUUGCCCAAAAAUUUUACUGAAGUAAAUGGCAGUUGUGAAAAAUGAAAAAAAACUGUCAUGGUGAUGUAGUUAAUUGUCCAUAUUUUGCACCAAACUAUUUGGUUUGUUGUUUCAAUUUUUACUUAUACAUCAUUGCAUUGAAUAACUGGGCAAUUAAGACUAUGAAUCUUCAGGAAUUAGACAAUAAACAAUACACAAAUUA